AUGCCCCGGAACAGCUUCUCUCGAAAUCCGGUGCUCCGCGUCUCGAGGCCAGUGUCUGCCUGCUCGCGCUGUCGCAACGCCAAGGUCAAGUGUGACGGCAAGCUUCCGGCCUGUACGGCUUGCGAAAAGGCUGGCCGUGAGAAUGAGUGCUCCAAUGUGAACGACCAGUUUGCCCGGGGCAAGGAGCGGAGUUACGUUGCCGCCCUCGAGUCGCGCAUCGAGAAGCUCGAGAGACGUCUUCAGUUUGCGAGCUCCCGAAAAGCCUCGGUUGCCUUCCACGAGCAUGAUGCGUCUGCCGUCACCGAGGUCGACAGAAGAGACUCCCUCGCCACCAUCCGCGCAGCCAUCUAUCGCAAAGCCGCUCGGAGCCGCGAGAACCGCGACCUCAACGCCAUCGUCUCCGACUUUGGCCUCCUGUCCGUCGACGCCACGACGCGCGAUUUCGAACCUUCCGCCAGCAAGUUCACCUUCGCCAGAGUGGUCCUGGCCGCGACAACCGUCGAUGAUAUCCCCGACCCCACACAGCAGCAGCUGCCCAGCAGGCAGGCGGCCCAAGCUCUCGUCCAGCACUUUCUCGCCAACAUUUACUCCCUCUAUCCCUUCUUCUCGGAGACAGCCCUCUGGACCGUUCUCGACGACGUCUAUCGCCAGGAUGAGCGUGCCAUCAUCGACGCCGACUACUGGCUCCUCUACAUGGUGCUCGCCAUCGCCUCGUCCUCGCAGAGCCGGAGAAUCGACGACCAAAUGUAUCACGACGGCGUCGGCUUCGUCUCGCAGGCCCUGCUCUACGCCGACAAGGCUCUCGCCCCGGGAUGCGUCACCCAGAUCCAAUCCCUCCUCUUGCUGACCCUCUAUUCCAUGCUCGACUCGGCCCAUUUCGACAGCUGGCACGUCAUCGGCUUCACCACCCGAGCCGUCGUCGACAUUGGCUUUCACCAAGAUCCCCCGUCCUCGUCCCUCUCCGACAAGGCUGCCUUGGACAUGCGCCGCAAGAUUUUCUACUCGGCCUACGCGCUCGAUCGCACCAUCAGCAUGGCUCAUGCGCGAUCCUUCUCCUUCACCAACGACUCCGUCAACGUCGCCUUUCCGAGCACGUCGAGCAUCGGUCGCAAGUCGGUGACGGCACCCAUCGCAGGCCCUCAGUCUGCCGAUCCCGCCCUGCUGCUUUUUCAACUGCGACGAGCCCAAUCCUUCUGGUAUCAGGAGCUGUGCCAAUCGAAAGCCGAGCCGCUGGAAGACUCGUCGUACAUUUGGCAGUGGUGCCUGGAGAUGCGGGAGUGGGGUGAUUCCUUACCCGCCGCGCUGCCGGCCGCCAUGCGCCGCAUGUUCGAGCAGGAACUGUGGUACAGCUACGUUUAUUGCAUCGCCCCGUCGGGGAGGACGCGAGAGGUCACGGACUACACCCGCACUCUGAUAUUCGAAUACGCCCUGGCAUACCUCGGCAGCAUGCACGAGACGGCACAGGGCGGCCUGAACAGCGCCUUCUACACCUACCAAGACGCCCUCAAGGUCUUCUUUAUGGCCAGCCAGCUCAACGCAGUUUUGCUUGCCGCCGAAGACGUUCUGCUGUCUGGAGCGCACGUUUCUCCUCCCCCAACCAUGCCGGGUUCGACCCCUGCGCCGCCGAUCCCUCGCCGUCGUAUCCAUUCUGGCGCCCCAACAGACGACAACACGGCCAGGAGCAUCUGGUGCCUCGAGCGCGUUCCCCAGAUACUUGCCCUCUACGGCGCACGCUGGAAAGAAGCUGUCAUGCUCAAGCAGCACUUCGAGUUCGUCUCCGCCGACGCGCUCGACCGUCUUCGGGCGCGUCAGCAGAUGCAGAUGCCGCUGCCUCUGCCUCUGCAGUCGCACCCGGGCCAGUAUCAGAAUGGCGACCCGGCGCUUUCUCCGCCAAUUCACCCUCCUGUGCAGGGUCAGCAGCCGAGGAUGGACAUGAACUGGGCCGAAGGCUACCCAACUAUGUGA